UUGUCAAAUGAUAACGAUCGUGAUAGUGACGACGACAGCGAUAAUAAUACCACUCAUAAUGCCGAUAGUAAUGAUAAUACGGUUAAUAGUGAUGAUAUUACUCGUCAUCGACGAAUUUACGCACAGCCAUACUCGGAACAGUCAGCUUGUGCCAGUACUAGCAAUGGUACUGACUGUGAUGGCAAUAAUAUUAGCCACAUCAGUGACGAAGCUUGUUCGAAUGCGAGCGAUGAGACAAAUGAUAUUGAUGAACAACACAGCAGUACAGCCGACUUUCUGAUGGCUAAGUGUGAACAGCGAAUCUCGUCUGAAUCGACUUCGGCUGCUACUUCCACUUCUAUUCUGAAUUCACGUUCUGAACCCGCAAAUUCGAGCGCUGAUUCUGUCAAGAGUUCGUCGUCGGCAAGUACUAAUUCCAGUGCGGCCUCAUCAUCAUCGUCUAGCAUGGCUGGUUCGGUUGUUGAUCCACUACCGAAAAGUUGUCCAGCACCCGGAAAUUCACCGGCACUGAAACGUGUUGAAUGCAAACUGGAAGGUCGAGAGUUAUGGAGUAAAUUCUACGAGUUAAGCACUGAGAUGAUCAUCACCAAAAGUGGACGGUAA